AUGGAGGAAAGUAGGUCAGGCUUGGAGCUGCCUGCUCCCAUCAGCUCCUGCCUCCAGCCGAGCAUCUCCUCGGGCUUCAGCCUGUCCUGGGACUCCUCCAGCUUGAGCUGGAAGGACCAAAGAGAAGGAGUGGGGCGAGAGGCAGCCGAGGAGUCCUGGCGGGAUGGUGUGGAGCAGCUUCUGCAGGUCACCCUGCGGGAGCCCAGCGCUGCUCCUGGGCUGCUCCAUCGCCACGCCACGGAGCGGCCCUGGCGCUGCCCCCGGGGCCGGGCGGAGCUCCAGGGGCGGCUCCGACCUGCAGUCCCAGCGGCGGCUCCGGCGCGGCUGGAGACCCCCUGGAGGAAGGGCUUCAGCCGCCGGCAGCCCCAGCUGGAGAAGGCUCCCGGCCGAGGCCCUUGCACGGCAGCCGCCAUCUUGCGGCGCGACAGCAGCGUCGUAAAAGAAGAUGGCGGCACACUCCCCCCCACCCCGCCGCCCCGCUCCCGGUCUCGCCUUAAGGACGGCGGCGCCAGACGGAUCCCGGCGGUUGAUUGCUCACCGAUCCUCCCCUUCCCGAGCCUGUUAGACAGCACCGGGAAGCGGGGGAGACGGCAGGAGACCGCCGGGAGAGGAAGCUCUGGGCGCCGCCAUGUUCUGGGGGGGUUGGAGGAGGAAGGGGGAGUGGCUUUAGGGGACGGAGGGGAGCAAGCCAAGAGCUCCCCCCAAAAAGUGGUGGAGAAGGAAGAGGAGGAGGAAGAGGAGGAAGAGUUGGACCCCCGCAUACAGGAGGAGCUGGAGCACCUGAACCAGGCCAAUGAGGAGAUCAACCGCGUGGAGCUCCAGCUGGACGAGGCUCGCACCGCCUACCGCCGCAUCCUCUCCGAGUCCGCGCGGAAGCUCAACGCUGAGGGCUCCCAGCUGGGCAACUGCAUCGAGAGGGCCAGGCCCUACUACGAGGCAAGAAGGUUGGCCAAGGAGGCCCAGCAGGAGACCCAGAAGGCAGCGCUGCGCUACGAGCGGGCGGUCAGCAUGCACAACGCCGCCCGCGAGAUGGUGCUGGUGGCCGAGCAGGGGGUGAUGGCCGACAAGAACAGGUUGGAUCCCACCUGGCAGGAGAUGCUCAACCAUGCCACCUGCAAGGUGAACGAGGCAGAGGAGGAGCGCCUGAGGAGCGAGCGAGAGCACCAGAGGGUCACCCAGCUCUGCCAGCAGGCUGAGGCCAAGGUCCAGGCUCUCCAGAAGUCCCUCAAGAGAGUCAUCCUCAAGAGCAAGCCCUACUUUGAGUUGAAGGCCCAGUUCAACCAGAUCCUGGAGGAGCACAAGUCGAAGGUGACCUCCUUGGAGCAGCUGGUGGGCCAGGCCAAGACUCGCUACAAGGUGGCCCUGCGGAACCUGGAGGAGAUCAGCGAGCAGAUCCACGCCCGGCGCCUCCAGCGCCUCCUCCAGCACCGGGCUCCCCCCGUGGGAGCCGAGGCCGCUCCCCACCACCACCACCGCCACCAGGAAGGUGCUCAAGAUGUUGAAGGAGAAGCCAGAGGAAGCCAUUUGGGUGCUGAAGGUCCACCUCUGGACACCAUCUCUGUCUUGAGUCUCCAAACCAUCGCCUCCGACCUCCAGAAGUUCGAUUCCGUGGAGCAUCUCCUGGGCUUCUCGGACGCCACCAGCCUCAACAGCCAGGAACUGGAAGAGCAACCAAGAGGUGGUGCUCAGGGGGUCUUCAGGCACCACAGGAGCAUCAGCCUCUAGGACCUCCAACCUCCAAAUCCCACUCCAGGACCUCCUAGACCCCCAAAAAGGUCCCCAGCUCAGGACCUUCUCCCUCAUCUUGAGGAACCUCAGCUGUAGAAGGUGAACCUGGUUCUUCCUGUAGAGUCUUCAAGAGGUCUGGCAAGCUUCUUAGGUGACCAGGAUGGCACCUUGGAUGACCAAGGUGACACCACUGAGGUGGUGACCCCCCAAAACCUACCUCCAGGUCCUCCCCACCCCAGUAAAGGUCCCAGCUCAGGGCCUUCUCCCUCAUCCUGAGGAGCCUCAGCUGUGGAAGGUGAUCCUGGUUCCCCCUGGAGAAGCUCCAGGGAGUUGUUGGAAGCUCCUUUGGUGACCAAGGUGAUACCAUGGGGGUGGUGACCUGCCAGAACCCACCCCCAGCUCCUCUCCCACCCAAGAAAAGGUCCCAGCCCAGGACCCUUCUCCCCCACCUUGAGGAACCUCAACACCAAGCCCCCCCCCAUAUGCCACCAUGAGAACCUGGGGGGAGGUCCUGAAGGUGCCUCUUUAAUGGGGGGGAGGGUGGUGUGUUGGGAGGCUGCUAAUGAGAUGCAAAUGAGAUGCAAAUGAAGCUGCCCCUCCCUGGUUUUACACCCCUGCCCCAGACCCUCCCCAUUUUAGGCCACUUUCUGGGGGUCCUUUCCCCCUUUUUCGAGCAAAUUGCACUAAAGUUGGGGGGGGUGGGAGGGGGCAACUGGGAGGGGGAAGACUUCCCCCCCUAAUUUGGGGGUUCAAUGGGGAGGGGGCUGUGAUGAAAACCCCCCCAGUUUGAGGCAGCCCCUGGGACCAGUUUGGGGUUAAUAAAGUGGAUUUUGUGUCC